GAGCCCGUCGGUGGCAGCGUGUUGGCGCCGCCGGUGACGCACGUGGCCUCCAACAACUCCCGCGACCGACGCAGUGCCCCCGCGACGGGAACCACGCCGGCGCCGGAAACGACGGUGGCGCGAGGGAAGAAGCUGAACCGGGCCACCACGCAGGAGAGCGAGUUCGAGAGAGAGCUGAGAG